CUUUGGCCGGCUGUGGGGAAAGCAGACCCUUGGGGAUCCCUGGUGAAGGAGGAGUCAGGCCAGCAGCAGGCCCACCCACCAGCGGCAGCCGAGUUAUUGAGGGACAAUGAACUGGAGCGUCUUCGAGGGACUGCUGAGCGGUGUCAACAAGUAUUCUACAGCUUUCGGCCGCAUCUGGCUGUCCCUGGUCUUCAUCUUCCGCGUGCUGGUCUACCUGGUGACCGCAGAGAAGGUGUGGAGCGAUGACCACAAGGACUUCGACUGCAACACGCGCCAGCCAGGCUGUUCCAACGUCUGCUACGAUCAAUUCUUCCCUGUCUCCCAUGUCCGCCUGUGGGCCCUGCAGCUCAUUCUGGUCACAUGCCCCUCGCUGCUCGUAAUCAUGCAUGUGGCCUACCGGGAGACCCGGGAGCGGAGACACCGGGAGAAGGUGGGCGAAGGCUGCAGUCGCCUCUACCCGAACCCAGGCAAGAAGCGCGGAGGCCUCUGGUGGACCUAUGUCUGCAGCUUGGUCUUCAAGGCCGGCGUGGACUCAGCAUUCCUCUACGUGUUCUACCGUCUCUACCGCAACUACAUGCUCCCACACGUGGUCCUUUGCAGCGAGGACCCCUGCCCCCAUACCGUGGACUGCUUCAUCUCCAAGCCCACAGAGAAGAACAUUUUUACGCUCUUCAUGGUGUCUACUGCCAUUAUCUGCAUCUUGCUCAACUUGGUAGAAUUGGGCUACUUGAUCAGCAAGAGGUGCUGGGAGUGCCGGAGGGGCAGAAGAAGGGGUGCCAAGAAGGACCUGCUGACUGGGGGUGACCUCAUCUUCCUGGGCACAGACCCCAAGCCACCCCUUCUGCCCUUUUCUCCUGAUUCCCCCCGAGACCAGGUGAAGAAAACCAUGGUAUAAAGAGUUGCCUGGACAAGAAGGCCACAUGCACUGGUAGGCACCAUGCAGCACUGGGCACAGAAUUAAAAGGGCAGGGCACUGAAUGAAGA